UGUUCAUCAACCUCAUCCAAGAGUUCUCGUCCACAAAACUCACCGGUGUUAAAGGAGUUCGAGAACACAUUUCUAAAAUGAGGGACAUCACUGCUCAUUUGAAGAAACUCGACGUUAUCAUUCCUGAUACCUUCCUGGUUCAUUACAUCCUUCAUAAUCUUCCUCCACAGUAUGGGCCUUUCAAAAUUUCCUACAACACACAUAAAGAAAAAUGGACUAUCAAUGAAUUGAUGACCAUGUGUGUUCAAGAGGAAGCCAGGCUCCUACAGGAGCAAGGAGAAAGUGUUCACCUGACCACUCAACCUAAGAAACGCAAGCCAUUCAAGAAGAACAAAGGGAAAAAGCCCAUGGCUCCCAAGGCUGCCAUAAAGAAAGAUUCCAUCAAAUGUUUCUUUUGUAAACAAAAGGGACAUGCUAAAAGGGAGUGCAGCCAGUUCAAGAAAUGGAUGGAUGACAAAGGAUAUUCAAAAUCUAAGGAAGCCAGUGGCAAGUGAGCAAAGCAUCUUAUCUGGAAACAAGAUGGGCUCACAUGUGGAAGCUAUUGGAACAUGCAAUUUAGUUUUAAGUAAUGGUUUUAUUUUAAAGUUAGAAAAGACCUUUUAUGUACCAAGUUUCUCUAGAAACUUGAUUUCAGUUUCAAGACUUAUACCCUUUGGUUUUUCCUUUACAUUUUCAGACAAAUAUUUUAAUUUAUAUUAUAAAUCUGAAUGUGUUGGAAAUGGUAUUUUGUCUGAUGGUCUUUACUGCCUUAAUUUACAAAAUAAUACCACUAAUAAUGUUAUGCAUGUUCACGCUGGCACUAAAAGAUGUGUUAUGAAAGAGGAUUCCUGUACAUUGUGGCACUGGAGAUUGGGACAUAUCUCCAUUGAUAGAAUUAAAAGGUUGGUAAAAGAUGGGGUACUCAAUACCUUAGAUUUUACUGACUUUGAUACUUGUGUGGAUUGCAUUAAGGGAAAGCAAACCUCCAAGUCUGUCAAAACUGGUGUCCAUAGGAGUUCUGAAA